AACAAAUGAACAAUGCCAAUCGCAUGCAAGACACGCACCGAAGAUAGGAGAUAACGAGAGCGCUAGGCCACCAGUUUUCCCAUGGACCACCUACUAUUUUCGUUGUGCCAGACCGCCCAGCCACACGGCCACACCCACCCCCGCGCGCGGCGGGCGGCCACCCGCAUCGGCGGACCUGCCCCGUGAGUCCGUGACCCUCCUAUCUUGGCAUGCCUUUCUCAAUGUUUACCGCCUCGCCUCUUCUCGUCCCGGGGCCCUGCCGGCCCCGCUCCAACCCCCAAGCUCGUGGCAAGCGCCGCGCAACUGCGCAAGUAGCGAUGGCAGUAGUAGACACGCUAGGGGAAGGUUUGGACGAAUAGAAGCUAGAGGCGAAGGGCGAGGAGGAGAAGCACGAGAUAAGGAAAUUGACGACGGAGGGAGCAGACCGCGAUGCUGCGGCGCGUGGCGAGCAACGCCUACUCAUGGUGGUGGGCGAGCCACAUCCGCAACACGCAGUCCAAAUGGCUCGACAACAAUCUUCAAGAGAUGGAAAUGAGGGUGAAGUCCAUGAUCAAACUCAUAGAAAUAAAUGCUGACACUUUCGCAAAGAAGGCAGAGCUGUACUUCAAGAACAGGCCUGAGCUGGCAAACCUUGUUGAGGAGACGUAUAGAUCUUACCAGGCGCUCGCUGAUCGAUGUGAUCGGAUAUCAGGAGAGCUCCACAAGUCAAAUCAUACCAUAACAACUGUGUUUCCAGAACAAGUACAACUCUCACUGCAAAAUGACAAUGGCGACGGAUUCCCAAGGGGUAUCACAGGGAUCAAUAUCAUCAGAGGAACUAGCCCAGCUUCAAAGAGGACACAGACGCAUAGGAGGAUUACCUCUCAGAUGAGUAAAGAAAAGGCACAAGAAGAGAUUGAGAGGCUCCAGAAGGAGAUUUUGGUGUUACAGACCGAGAAAGAGUUCUUCAAGUGCUCAUAUGAAUCUUCACUAGAUAAGUACUUAGAUAUUGAACGAAGGGCAACAGAGACACAAGAGGAGGUAUGGAGCUUGCAAGAGACUUUUAAUACCAACACAGUUAUCGAAGACAAUGAAGCUCGAGCUUUGAUGGCUGCACGUGCCCUCAUUUCAUGUGAGGAUACAUUGAUUAACUUGCAAGAUCAGCAAAAUCGAUCAUGUCAAGAGGCAACAACAGAGUUCCAACGAGUCAUAGACACUAAAAAGAAGCUAAAAGCUUUCAAGAGUGAGUGUGGGCACUCUGAGAACCAAAAGGAGCUAAGUGAUCAACAACAUAUAGUGACCAGCUCUGCACAUCCAUCUAUAGAGAAUAAUGGCCCCAUUCUGCAAGACCAUAGGCUCCAUCUACAGGAAAUAUGCCAGAAGAUCAAACUACAAUUUAAUUCAUGCUCAGAGGCAUCUGUAGUGCAUUUAGCAGGAAUGGUUGAUGAAUUCGUGGAUAAGGUGAUCGCACUAGAAAUUGCAGCUACAACUCAGACUGCUCAAAUCAAUAGAAUGAGAGCUGAGGCAGAUGAGCUGCAAAAAUGUAUGAAUAGUUUGGAGGAAGAGAAGGAAGGUUUAGUUGGGGAUUCCAAUAAGUUGUCUGAAAGGUUGAGGCAAGUUGAGGAGGUGCUGCAAACAAUUCAACGAAUUGAGAAGUCUGUGCACAUUGAAAAUGGAAAUAUUCAGAGACAAUUAACCGAAGCAUGCAACAAUCUUACUGAUUUUGUGGAGAGGUUGGAUGUGCCACUAAGCGAAGAAACAAUAGAUUCAUCUGAAGGGUCCAAAGGAAUUGCUUCUGAAGAAGAUGCAGAUAAGCCUGACACUCUCUCUGACCCAUUUCAAGCUGAUUCAGGCACUGUAGGUGAAUCAAUGGAUGGAGACUCAUUGUACUCAUUCGAUAUCUCUAGUGAGGCACAUGAAGAAGAUGUAGAUGACACCUUAGGGUGGCAGCAAGUAGUUUUGAAUGGGUUGGAGGGCAAGGAUAAAAUCCUCUUAAAAGAUUAUGCAUCCAUCCUUCGGAACUACAAAGAUACAAGAAAGCAACUUUCAGAAAUAGAGAAGAAAAAUCAAGAAUAUCAUCUUGAUUCUAUGUCAAAAACGGAAGAGUUAAAGAGUGUCAAUGCAACAAAAGAUGACGAAAUUCACUCUCUUAGGCAAAUGUUGAGCUCUUUACAGUCCAAGAUCAACACCUAUCGAAUCCAAUUUGUUGAAAAGUCUGAAGAAUCAUCCAAAACAAACAACGAUCCUUGUCUAGAAGACAAAGAGAUUUGUGAGAUAGAAGAAUACCUAAAGAAUUGCCAAAAUGAAGAACCACAUGUUUCUUUAUUAGAGGAGAAAUUUAGAGAAGAAAUUAACAAAGUAUUAGAUGAAAGCUUAGACUUCUGGUUGAGGUUCAGUACAUCGUAUCGUUAUAUCCAGAAAUUCCAAAAAGCAUUUGAUAAAGCAAAAGCAGAAGUGGAUAGACUUACAGAUACAAAAGCUCUGGAGGGCUUAGACACUGGUUGUACUGGUCAGUUUGUGAGAAAACAAGAGCCAACUAUCCUUGAAAAGAAACUACGUGACUUAAGUACUGAUCUUCAAGUUUGGUUGGAAAAAAAUGUGCUGUUGCAGGGGGAGCUUGAGAGAAGAUUUUUAUUGAUAUGCAACAUACAAGAGGAGAUAUCUAAGGUCACAACAUUGAAUCGAACCAAUGAAGCUCACUUUACUCCUUUACAGGCUGCAAAGUUCCAUGGUGAGGUGAGUAAUAUGAAGCAAGAGAAUAACAAGGUCACCAAAGAGCUACAAGCUGGGCUCGAGCAUGUAAGGGGCCUCCAAGUGGAAAUUGGGAGGACUGUUCUGAAGCUCAGAGACAAUAUUGAACUAUCUUUUGGGAGAAGCAGUCGAGCACAUCAGAACUUCAGAUAUCUAUCAGGGAAGGCCGGGGUACCUCAACGAACUUCCUUAUUUGGUUCUAGGACGAAAAAGACAUCAUUAUUUUCAUGUAUGCCUCCCAUUGCCAAAGCCGAUUUCUGACAUGAGGCCAAGUCUUUUUAGAUAACAUUGGUUAGAGGGUUAGCUAAUUUUUUCUUCUGUUUGAUAUGGGUGGUUCUCUAUGAACAUGCUUAAAAAAUUGAUGCAAGGUAAGACAGCUCCAAACAUUAUACACGUAGAUUGAGAAAAUUCUUGAGCCCUUGUUCUACCCAUUCAUAACGACACUAUAGCCUAUAGUUGAGACAUGUACUUUAUCGUGGGAUAGAUGAGACGAUUCUUUUACCUCAGCCUGAAAAUCAUUCCCAUGAAGGAGUCAAACUCAAGACAUGAGAAGUGUUAUUUACAUCAUCUAACAAUUUAGCUAGAGGCCUUUCAUGUGAACAUGUUAGUUUUGAUUGAAUAUUUAAUUUUUGUAGGUUUUAAACUGAAAAGUAUCAUGUAACCAACUUGAUUUUUUCGCUGAUUUGUUCGGUGAUGUGUAAUUUGUAGUCCUGUAAAUGUGAAUUUUGUAUAAUG